GUUAAUCAGACAGGAACACAACACAGAAUGCUGAAAGGUAUUAGUUGUGUUAAUGCAGGGGUGGGUAACUUAUAGCUUACUUAUAGUUUUUAGAUGACAUAUCCCAUAAUCCCUCACAUAGCUAUGGUGGAAAGGGUGAUAGGAAUUGUACAUAGCACUAGAAGGCCAUAGAUAGCCGAUUUCUGUCCUCAUGGAAUACACCAUUUGAUAAAUGAGUUUCAUUAUCAAAGCAAGCUCAUAUGGGUGCACUCUAUAUGGCUUAUUUUUUUCUGUGGCAAAGCCUGAGAUUUUUCUUAGAAUAAAUGCAAAUUUUUUCUAAGAAUGCACUGAGUGACAGUCCACUUUUGAUGAUAAUCAAAUGCAUUAAAUUGUAUUUAGUUAUUAAACCCAGGUUGCAUAUCCCUUAUCCAGUAGUGCUCUGUAAUUUCAGAUUUUCUUUGGAUUUAGGAAUAUUUGCAUAUUCAUAAUUAAAUAUCUUAGAGAUGAGGGCCAGUCUAAACACAAAAUUCAGUAAUGUUUCAUAUACACAGCGUGAAUAUUGCCUGAAGAUAAUGUUAUACAUAAUAUUUUAAUAAUUUUAAUAAUUUUGUGCAUGAAAGGAAGUUUGUGUACACUGAACUAUGAUAAAGCAAAAGUGUUCAGCUACCCAUAUGGACAAUUUGGGAUUUCAGAGUAUUUCAGAUUUUGGAAUUCUUGAUGAGGGAUGUUCAACCUAUAUUAUCAAAAGCAGAUUAAGUUUACAAUCCUAUAAAUACCUAUAGGCCUAUGGAAUUCAAUGGGUCUUUAUUUUGAACAAGUAUCAAUAUAAUUGCAGUUCACAUUAUAACUGUUGUGAACAAUCUGAUUGGAAACGGCCCAUUAUAUGUAUCUACUUUGUGAACAAAAUGAUCCACGUCCUUCCAGAUAAAAAGUAUCACUGCCAUCGAUAUUUUAAUUUUGCACACAACUCUUAUUUUAGCCUCUCUCUAUAAAAAUGUUAUAUCCCUCAGUGUAAAUUAGGAAUCAAAGAUCUGAAUGUUAUUUUUUGCAUCAAUACCAUUUGUUUGCUGCCUUUCUCCAAAAAUGGGGCUCAAAGCAGCUUCUAAAAACAAUUAGUUAAAAAAAACCUGUAACAAUAUAAAUGUAAAAAAUUUAAAUCCCUAUAUUAAACAGUAUAAAAUAAUUUAGAAACCAUAGGAAAGUGUUUGUAUUUUAAAAACCACCCCAGUAAGAAGCUUCCUCUUCUACACAUUAAAACACUAAAACAAAAAUAAUGCCUGCCAGUGAAAGGAAAACAGAGAUGGAUCAAGCCUAGCCUUCCACAGAAGGGACUUGCAGAGGGAGAGAGUAAUCAUGGAGAAGGCUCUUUGUUGUGUCCUUACCAAGUGAACCUGUGAUGGUUGAAGGAUCAAGAGAAAGCAUUAAAUGAACUAGUCACUAAGUGCCUGUUGAAAGGAAGGAAGGAAGGAAUUUACUUGCAGGUGAAAGGGGAGCAGAGAGAAGGCUGUUGGGCCUCUCAUGGGAAAGCAAGCAUUCCAUAAUCUGGGGGCAGUUGCUGAUAAGGCUUUCACCAAAAAUACCUGCAAAGGUAUCUCUCCCAAAGAUAACAUUUGAGCUAUCUAAUAUAGGAAUGUUAUGCCUGCCAGCAAUGUUAUCAGAUACCUGGCAUGUUAUCUUAAAUUUCAGAAAACUAUUCACACAGUAUUGUGUGUGAGACUGUAAACAGGUUGGAAGUGGGCAAUGGCUCUACAACUCUUGCACUAAGAACUUUGAACCUACAAUGGCAAUAGUAAUAGAAACAGGUAAUUAGAGUCACUCAAAUAUCCUCUUUAUUGUGUCUGACUUGACUCAUCUACACAUAAAAUGAUACUUUCAGGAUGACAUCACUUCCUUCCUCCUUACUGUCUCAUUUCCAGUCCCUCCCCAAAACAUAGCUCCCUGGUAGUAUCUUGUCUCUGGGUGGAAUUCCUAUUUUGUUUAUCCUAAAAUGGUUUGUGUUGCUAUAUCAAGGACCAUCCUUCCAAGCAUGUUAAAAAAAAAACCCAAUGGGGAGGAAAAAUAAAUGCAGCAAGUAUUGAAAAUGGCAAUGACGUUAUUAGCCAUUCACAAAAUAAUCUCCGAUAAUGUAAAUGUCUGGGAGCUAGAUAGGCUAGUCAAAACAUACAGUGUGAUAAGAAUACAUUAUUUCCAUUUAAACUUUUGGAACUGCCUAAUGCAUGACAAAAUUCAGUAGUUUCUUUUUGUACUCUCCCUUUGUUCAACAGUGGUUACUUCAAGGACAUUGAUAAAUGUAUUACUUUUCAGCUAGACAUGGCACACUAUCUUACCAAUUUUCCUUUUCAAAGCCUUUUAGGGAAAUUAAUUAUAGAAAUUACAGGAUUCGUUUUGUGUCCUUUAGGUCCUAAAUUUAGAUGUUGUUAAGCAAAAAAAAAACAUGGUUUUAGUUUAUUCCAGAUGUGCUAGCCUUUAACCCGAGGCCACUGUUUCUUAUGACAUUUUGCUAGAAGUCUUUGACGUAUCCCUGGUAGAGGCUUUUAUUUCAGCCUAAGAAAGGAAGGUGCUUAUGUGUAUUCUCCAUGAAGGGCUUGGUUGCCUCAGGUUAAAUUACCUGCUGAUGUCUAUAGAGGGCAGGCAAAGUAAAGUAAGCAAACUGGAAAAUCCAGACCAGCCCUGCAUGAAUUUUAAAGGAGAUCUUAAUGUUUCCUGGUUUCAGAGAACUUAGCACUUCCCAACAUUACGUACGGAAGAGCACCUGUGAAGUCUGUAUUUCAUAGCAUUUGAUUUGACCAUCCCUAUUAAUUGGGGAAAUCCCUGAACUCAUUUUGAACUGCAUCUUAUUAUUAGCAAUAUCAGCACAGCUGAAAAAUGCAAAAGGAAGUUAGUUUUUCAUUUUGACAUGUCCUGGGAUGUGGACUGCUGUACGGAGAACGAGGAGCAAUGAAUGGACAUGUUCCCCAACAAGAAGAUGCAGAACAAAUUCCUUUACAACUUGUAAGUGUAGAAAGGUGUACAAAUGACGUGCCCGAAUCAAAUGAGCUUCUUCAGCCUGAAACAUGUACGCCAUCUACUAAGAAGACAGCCACCUUGAAGUUGUGCUCUAAGACUGUGUUUUGGAAAUGCAAACUGUGGAUGCUUAUAACUUCUAUUUUCCUGUUGCUGAUUGUUGUGACUAUUAUAGCUUUAACUUUACAUUCAGCAGUUUACAUUGAUGAAGAUGAAUACUGGGAUCCUGAAUCAAUAGCAAAUGGUAAUCAUCACAACUUCUCAGGAAUAUUAAAUAUCCAUUGUGAAAAUCCUGAGCCAUUGCUUUCAGAAUCAACAUAUAAUUUACUUUCUGAAAAUCUCCAUAAGAGGCUUACAGAUAUCUAUAGCGAUUCACCUGCUCUUGGGCGGUAUUUUAUUUCUGCUGAAGUAAUUUCCAUCAGUGAUGGAAACAAUACAGCAUCCUAUCACUUGUGGUUUUCAGUGCCACAAGAUGAGACUGAAGAGUUUAUGAAGUACAGAAUGAGCCAAACGUUUGUGAUGAAUAUUUUGAGGCAAAAUAUUUAUGAUCAAGAAGAAAUGUAUGACCUGGAGGUACCUGAAUGUACAAAUCUGAGACUAGAUCCAACUUCUCUUUUACUAACACAAAUACAGCCUGUUAAUACAAAAGGGUGAACUAUAUGGAGUUCUGGAUUUCUAGUCUCAUUUUGGAAGACAACGUUCUGUUCAACAUAUCCUGUGUGUUCUUGGCCUUCUUACAUCAACCCACAACUCCAGGAAAAGAUGAGCACAUCAGGCUGAUGUACAAGCCUGUGGACCUAUGAGUGAGAACAUGAGGCAUAUUCAAGAUAAGAAGCUCUUCAAACUGCUCUUAGACCACAACUGAUAGUGGUUAUUUUUUAUGUUUGGCAAAUGCUAAAAUAAAAGGAAAAUUCCAGAAAGCACACAUAAAAGUCCCAGUUGGCCUUGAGCUGAUUCUUGGUAGCAUGAGCUCAGUUGGUGAAUGCCAUUCUGUGUUAACUUAGUUUCUUCAGUAUAAAGGGUGUUUCCAAGAUUUUCAUUAUGCUACUAAGCUAUGUGUAGUAAAAGAGAAACAAAUAUGCAUUGUAGGUCAAUAACAAAGACCUGCAAAACAGCCUUCAGUGUCAAGUAUCAACUUGCUCCUGUGUGCCUGCUGAUGCUUCACCUUCCCUUUGCAGUGGUAGAAAUGUGCUGACAGUAUACCAGCUAUUUAUAUUUGCUUUUCUCAUUUCCCCCUUCCACUGCCAUUCCAAGCAAUUUGAACACACACUGUAUAGUGAAUGUAAUAAACAUCCUGCACUUUUCUUA